CGGGGUCGCGCGGGUGGGCGGUUGCUGGGUCGGGUCGCGCGGGUGUGUGAGGGGGGAGCGCAGCCAUGUCGGAGCGGAAGGUUUUGAACAAAUACUACCCGCCGGACUUUGAUCCUGCUAAGAUCCCAAAGCUCAAACUCCCAAAGGACCGUCAGUAUGUGGUGCGGCUCAUGGCUCCCUUCAACAUGCGAUGCAAGACGUGUGGUGAAUACAUCUAUAAGGGGAAAAAGUUUAAUGCUCGUAAGGAGACUGUUCAGAAUGAGGUGUACUUGGGACUUCCCAUCUUCCGCUUCUACAUCAAGUGCACACGUUGCUUGGCAGAGAUCACUUUCAAGACAGAUCCUGAGAACACAGACUACACCAUGGAGCACGGGGCCACUCGCAAUUUCCAAGCUGAGAAACUCUUGGAGGAAGAAGAGAAGAGAAUGCAGAAGGAGAGGGAAGAUGAAGAGCUAAACAAUCCUAUGAAGGUCCUGGAGAACCGAACCAAGGACUCCAAGCUGGAGAUGGAGGUUCUGGAGAACCUGCAGGAGCUCAAGGAGCUCAACCAGCGCCAGGCAAAUGUGGACUUUGAGGCCAUGCUGCAGCAGUACAAGGAGUACGAGGAGGAGCAGAAGCGCAAGGAGCAAGAGGAGGAUGAGCAAGAGAUGAAAGCGAUGCUGGAGCAGGCCCAGAACCGGCGGCUACUGGUCGACUCCGACUCUGAUGAAGAGCCUGCUAAAGUCCACGCAAAGCCAGUGGCAAAAGUUAAACCUACAGACAUCCUUCAGGAGGACCCCCAGUCCCAAGCUAAGAAGUUGAAAACUGAAAGCUGGGAACGGAGCGUGGGCACGUUGAACAGCAAACCCCAGCUAGCCAGGCUGGUCACAGUGAGGAAGCCGAAGCCAGGUGACACCCUGGCUAAUGGGACAGAGAAGCAAGGCGCUGCAGCCAGCACUGGCUCGUUUCCCACAGCAACGGGCACCACGUCCUCCCUCGGCUUGUUGGGGGCGUACGUGGACAGCGAGGACAGCGCGAGUGACUGACGCGCAACCGAGCCGUGGCUGAGAGUGAGGAUUGUGGGCUGUUCCUCCCCUCCCACUUCACAGCCAGCCCAGCACCGAGCUGGCACCGCUGCGUUCAGGCCCCAGCGGGGUUUCCAGGCCGCCUGGCCAUCUGGAGUCCCGGCGUCUCCAUGCAGGGAGCACUGGCGUGUGUAGCCAUCCUGCAAGGGAAAUGCUGUGCACUGGAGAACGCCACCCUCGCCCAAGCUCUGCCUUGGCAGACCACAGCAGCUGUCACCAGCUAACAGCACCAGCAAGCUGAACACAGGGUGGACUGGAUAAACAGCUUCCUCUUACGAGGGUAUUGCCGUUCGGUUGCAGCGAGUGAAGCGCCCCGAUGCUCUCCCAGGCUGGCUGUGCGCAGCCUCAGCUUCCAGGCAGCCCCAGGGAGCGUGCUGUGUCCCAGCCCUGCUCCUGUGAUGUGUCCGCGAGUCCCAGGGCCUGCCUGGACAGUGCACUUUCAGUUUUGCAGCUCCCUACUGUCCUCUCCCCUGCUCUGGCUUUCCCUGUGCAAGACUGUGUGACUCACCAGCCCUCCAGCUGCUAAAAAGGAAUCCCAGGGCCUUUCUCCCUUCCUGCCUUGUGUCUUUGGAAGCAAGGGGAAGGCAGGAGCUCAACAUCCCUCUUUUGCCAGUGAAACACCCCCCUCUGCUCCUCUAGCCAGGGGUGUCUCCUGCCCCUCCACCCCCCUUCACAUGGGGCUCUUUUCCCUCCUGUUGCCCCCUUUGGAAGGGAGCCUGAGUUCCCCUGUUAUUUCUCUGCUGGAUGAGAUGCCAAAUGCUGCAGCACUUAAUCUGGCGUGGCCCCCCCAGGCCUCUUCUGCUGCCAGAGUUAGGCUCAAUUCUACUGCUGUCCUGGAAUCAGGUCCCUGCACUGGCUGGGUAGAGACACCUGCCCUGCUUAUCUAGAUAGUUCUGGCCCUCACAGGGGAGGACAGCAGAGCUGGGGGGGUCCAGCCAAGGGCUGGGGACCCCUCCUGCAGUCCAGCUGCUCCCACCCGCUCUGUGCUAAAGUCAUCUCUGCUUCUGGUGGUCAGGGAGCAGUUGGGUUUCCUCCCCUCACUGCCAGGUAAUAAAGUGGAUUUGUCGGA